UCUACUAGUCGAGUCGUCUUCAUCUUCGAGAAGGGAGAAAUUUCAGAGAGAUUUUUUAUUUAUUUAUUUUUGGAUUUUGGGAUCGGCGGCCGACGCUGUCGAGUACCGGAGUAGGGGAGCUCGCCGGAGUAAGCUCUUCUCAGGCUGUGCGGGGGUGGCGGAGGGCGGCGCGGCGCGGCGAGGGGGCAUGGACACGAUGAGGGGGGCGCUGGAGCGGGCGAGGAUGCUGGUGGGGAUGGAGGUGGACGAGGAGUCGGCGCCGGAGGAGCAGUCCUUCUUCGACGACGUCACCCGCAACUGCGCCCUCACCACCACCCAGAGGCUGUACGGCUUCGCGAUAUGCUUGGCUGCCGGAUUGACGUGCACCUUCUUGUCAAUGCUUGUUUUCUUCAAUCCUGUGAAAUUCGGGGUAACAUUCACCCUUGGCAAUUUGAUGGCACUUGGAAGUACAGCGUUUCUUAUAGGUCCCAAAAGGCAAUUUGACAUGAUGCUUGAUUCUGUGCGGAUAUAUGCAACUGCUGUAUACAUUGCAAGCAUCAUAAUUGCUCUGUUCUGUGCUCUCUUUGUGCACAGCAAGCUGCUGACUCUACUUGCCAUUAUCUUGGAAUUUGGUGCUCUUGUUUGGUACAGUCUAAGCUAUAUACCCUUUGCACGCUCGGUUGUUUCGAAGGUGAUGACGUCUUGCUUCGACACUGAAUUCUAGAAUGACCAUCCUGAUCUACAUGUUGUUGCUGGACGCAUAGAUGAUAUAUCUGUAAUAUACUGUGUAUUUUGAUGGAGAAGUGGAGUGGGGGUCAUCUUCUCCGAUUAGCCUGUGUAGUCAUUCUGAUGUUGUGAAGACACACGGAUUUGUGCGUCUUAUGCUCAGAGAUCAUGUCAUCUUUUCCUCACUUCCCCCCCUUCUUCCCCACAUUUGUACAUGGUAACCACUUACACUCCGCAUUCGAACGUUUACUGUGCAGUUUGUUUGGAUUGUCCUAGGUUGCUCCUGGAUUUUCCUGCUUCUCAA